AACAUGCGCGACUGCGUUCAGAUUGUUUGGUCGAUCGAUCGUACUGACUAAGGUUGCGUUUUACACUCUCGGUGGUAGUUUCUUUUUUCAAAAGUUGUGUAUAUUUUUGGAGAGUUACAAUUCGCACCGAAAAUUGCGAGCUUUUUAGAUAAAAGACACUCACUUCGAAAAUUGAUAGUCUAAGAAAAUCAAUGGCUACGCAAAGUAGAUCGAGGAAUCUCGUGCGGAGAGCCGUCAUCGCGACCGAUUCUAAGAAAGCGGUUACGGAGUACUUCGUGUCCAAGCAGGAGGAACGUCAAUGUCUCAAGCAAUAUCCGGAAUGGGACAAGGUGAGAGCUUGCCCGGCGACCGAGGUGGUCAGGGUACGGCGAGAAUUGAGCGAGGCCGAGGAGAUGUUGAGAGAAAAACGAGCGGAACAGAAGAUGAAACGCAAGCAGAUGGACGAGAAGUGGGAGGAAACGAGAAAGCAGGAAUUGUCGCUGCGCGAAUCCUUCGUAAAGUUUAACGUGCUCGUGAAGGAAAACGUUGAGAAGCGCGAGCGAGCGGAGCAGAAGAUCAAGGAGGAGCACAAGCGUCAGGAGAAAUACAAACGAGAAAUCGAUGAGUUGGAGAUGAAACUGCGUUAUUUCACGGAAGCGCUCGACAAGAUGCAGCAUUACGUAGAGAAAUACAAGAAGUUUCAAAAUUAUUUGGAGCGAGUGGUAAACGAGACGGGCGAGUUUCAGUCGAUCACCGAAAUCUUCAAUCGUUACGAAACUCUGGUCGAGGCGAGACAAGCGUUGUCCGAUCACCAGGACAGAAACUUACAAUUGCUCGAAUCCAAAGGAUCGGAAAUAGUGCAGCUGACGGAGGCCAAAUCUCAGAUGUUGAUGGGAUUGAAUAACAAAUUGGCGCAAUUGCAAGCGAGAUACGAUCGGGCGAAAGCGCGGGCAAUGAGAUGGGAGACGAUUGUGUCGAAAAUAAAGGAAACCGCAGCGACCAAGAAUCUGGAGUUGACGCAAGUGAGGGCGUGCUGCUGGAACAUCUAUCAGCAGAUCUGCAAGCGAAAAGAGAUACCGAUCGAGGUGAGCAGCGAGGACGUCGAGCAGCAGCUAGUACAUAUCAAGAGAACCAUCCUCGAACUGAAGCGGAUCAUCAAGGUCGCCAAGAAGAGAGCGAGGGAAGAAGAGAAAGGUUUACCGCAACGCGAAUAAGUAAUAAGUUUAUAUCUCGCUGUUUAUAUCUCGUCGCGGUUCUGCGGUGCUGCGAACUUAAUAAAACCUUGACGAAACAACGAGGCGAAUGACAAAACCCCACCGCGUCUUUUUCUUUGUGGCGAAAAAUUGUGCGCA